CCGCACCGUCAUUCCGUCGCGAGACGUCGGCCCCGACGCACGUGCGCCAACAUGAUCGAUUACGCGCGUCCCUACGACCAAAACAUGUGCGACAUAUAUCUGCCCCCCAUGGCGCCCGCGCCCACGCGCCUCGACGACUUCCAGGUGUUCAAGAAAGGCAACGCCUCGCACAUCUACGGCACCUACUAUUCCAACGCCACAUACGACACGUACGAGGAGCCCGGCAUCGACAGCGCCGCCAACGUCUACCAGAACCUGCUCAGCUACCGCGAGUACCUCAGCGAUGACUGGAAGUACAAAAUGGUGGUGGACUGGAGUGAAGAGGACACCAUGUCCUGGAUCACGGACGCGGCGCAGUGUAUGGGCAUCAGUGAACUAGAUGUGCCGGUAUACAAUUUCAGAGUGUCCGGAUUAGAAUUGCGGAACAUGAAGAGAGAGGAUGUGUUGCACAGGAUGGCUCACCCGAACUUUGACCUGUCAUCUUCACGCAGGAUAGCGGACAGUGUGUAUGAGAAGUUGCAGGCGAGGCUACAUGAAGACAUGCAGAGACAGUCAUCGAUAUUCAGAUACGGUGAGAGCGAGGCUUACCAUCACGAGCCACAGACUGUGCUGGAUCUGGACACGAUCGACCACAAGAACAGACUAUACAUGUCGGAUUACAAGCCGAACGACAGCACACUGAUGCACCCCGGGUGCGACUCCAGUGAUGAUGCAGAGGACGUGUUCCGUUCAUCAGAGACAGCGUCGCCGGAGUGUUCAUACGGGAGUGACGGGAGCAAGAGUGGAGACGAGGAGGACAAGAGGAAGAUGUUCAAGCGGCCGCCCGGCAGACCAAAGGGCAGCGGCAGGAAGACGUUCAAGCGCCCCAGGAGCGUGUCCGUCCCGGAGUUCCUCAGGAAUUUGUUACUGGACCCCAAGUACUGCCCGUCGAUAAUCAAAUGGGAGGACCACUCGUUAGGAAAAUUCAGAUUCGUCAAACCCGAUGAAGUGGCGAAGUUGUGGGGGAAGAUGAAGCAGAACGACAACAUGACCUUCGAGAAGUUCAGCAGAGCCAUGCGGUACCACUACAGGCAGUCGGUGCUGGUCUCCGUGCCCACCGCGAGGCUGGUCUACCAGUUCGGCUCCAAGGGUCCCGACAUAAACACCGACAACCCCAACUUCGUCAAGGUCAAGACAGAGAUGGAUAUGUCUGACAUGUACUCUUAGUUCUUCCCUCAAAAGCAGCGGAAUUAAGGGUUGAUUAGCCUCUAGUGUUGCUUGAGCCUCGAUUAAGAACAAAUGAUUUGUUACCAGUUACGAUUUGGUGCUUUAUGUUAUAUUAGAAUAGAGUAUGGUCGGAGUACGACUGUUGUUAAUUUCUUUAUUUAGCCUUUAUAAAAUGUUUAUCUUGGGUGCAAUAAAUGCUUUUUUGUUGAUUUAGAUUUUAUAAUUUCGCACAAUAUUUUGCACAACGACAAUAAGUGCAAUAACUUACUUAAAAUACGUAAAACGGACAAAAUAUGGCAUUUACCGUCUGUAUUUGUUUUUAGUUAGUAUGUAAUUUAUAUUAUAAUAUUUUAUUCACAUUACAUUCUGGUUCCAGCUGGAUCCAAGGUUGAGAUUAUUGUUUCUUAGAUUAUUUAACAUGUCUCAUGUAUUAGUCUAUCAAAGUUCAAGCAACACUACGUUAUUGAUGCUAAAUGUUAAGAAGUUGUAGAUAAGUGAAAUUUUCAAGAGAUGUUCGGUAUUAUUGGUGGAAAUUGCGAAUGAAAUGAUAGUACGUAAUUAGGUAUUAUGAAUGAUAAUAGAGUGCAAGUCUGACCUGCGUUUCCGUACUAAAUUCAUAAAUCAAUUAUUAAAAACGUAUUAUAUUUUUAAACAUUUAGAAUUUUUAUAUAUGCAAAUAUAUAAAAAUUCAAAGUUACCUUUCAAUAGUAAGAUUCAUGAAGAAUCUUAUUUCAUGUCAUAAAGUUGAGGUCUAACAAAAUUUUCACCUGAGAAGCAUUGUAUAGAAAAUAGAGUCUGUAUUGUAAUGACUCGGACGGUCGAUUGUUAAACAGCUUAUUUGAAAGACUAUGAGUUCGACUAUAUUGAGUAAAUUGUGCAGAAACAAAAGGUCAGACCCACGUAUAGAUAAAUGUUAUAAAAUGUUACUGAAUGUUGCAUCAAGAGUAUGUAGCGGGGCGUUUUUGACAACUUCACUCUGUAAAUGGAUACAAAGAAGGUCUUUACCUAGAUCCUACAUAAAUAUUUAAAUUACUUCUAGUUAGUAAACAUUGAUUUAAGUAUUUAACACAGUUAUUCUAGAAUUGGAACUCCUGAAGGGAGUAAAAUCAAGUGUCAUAAAAGUAUUAGACUUUUUACCUGUGCAAAGGUACGGGAUUUUGAAACACAUUUUAAUUAGUGGAUAAUGUAAAAUUUUGUAUUGUCUCCUACUUUGUAUUUGAAAAACUGAACAACGAUGAUCGUUAACGAUUUAUCGUUUAGUAAAAUCGUAUUCGUGUCAAGUGUCAAAAACGCCCGCCAUUUUGGCGCUAGUUUAAAAGAUAGGCUCAAUGUACGAUUCGAGAUAGAUUCAGUGGUUGUUAUGUGUGUGUUAAUGUUGGUAAAGGUUCGUCGGUUUGUCCCGUCAAUUAUGAACUCGUAAAAGUGUCCAUAUUAUUUUUUUAAAUGAUUUUUAUUUCGAAGCCGUUCGAUGGUUGUAAAACGAAUUUUUGAUAUGAAUAUUUAAUGAUCCCCAAUGUUACCAAUGUUAGAGUGAGCGUACAUUCCCUUUUUUAUUUAUAAUUUAAGUUAUUUUUAUUGUAAUUAAGUCGAUGUAAGUAUUUGAAGUUGCCAUAUGUAUUAUUUACGUUAAUGUACUUAAUUCAUCACAAUUUUUAUAUAACAUUUCUCAGUGUUAGAUUUAAUUAGUUGUAGGUACAAUCCGCGUGAGGUGCGAUAUAGAAAUUUAAAAACAAAUGACAAUGAAAGAUCUGCUGGCCAAAGAUUAGUUCACGGAUGUGUUUCGUCUUUAAUUUAAAAAAGGUAUGUUUUCGUAUUGACAAAUAAAGGUCUUUCGGUAUGCGCGGUAUCUACCGCCGUUGUGGGCACUGUUUCGACAAAUCUGUACGAUUAAUCGGUGCGAUUUAGUCGACAAUACGACAUAAAUCAUACAAAAUCGAACCUACUAAUUCUCUGCAAAUUUAAAUUGCGUAAAGAAUUCUAGUGACACAAUAAAACAUGUCACAGAGAAUGUCUGUUUAGAUUUUGGAUACGUCGUAAUUUUUUAGACUGUUUAAUAUUGAAGUACUAUGUCACCAGUGUGUUAUUCGCGAAGUAUGCCGCUAUUUCGUGAAGCACAGCGGCAGCGGAUACCGCGUAGAUAAAGACCUAGUAGUUAAGUUUGUUCGACUCUCAGACGCAUGCUGUGAUGUAAGAUAGAUUGUGAAUCAGUUAUAAUUCUUCUGUAAAUAGUUCCUUUUGAAAAUUAUAUAAUUCUUCAGAAAUAAAUUUAUUGUUACGAAAAUGUGA